CUAUCUUUUAUCUUUGUAACUUUCUUUAUCUUUGUAACUUGCUCUUCGAAGUAACUCAAUCUCAUGGCUCUCUAUGGAAAGUUGGAGAUCGAUGUUGAAAUUAGGGCUUCAGCGAAAAAGUUUCACGAAAUAAUUCAUCAAAAACCUCACCAUAUAUCUAAAGUCUCUUCAGAUAAAAUACAAGGCUGCGAAUUACAUGAAGAUGAAUGGGGCAAACUUGACACUAUACUCUAUUGGCACUACGUGCAUGAUGGGAAGGAUUGUGUGGCGAAGACCAUAACCGAAGAUGUUGAUGAGGAGAACAAUUCACUCACUUGGAAAGUGUUGGAGGGAGACCUUGGGAAGUCCUACAAGAGCUUCAAGAUGAAGAUCCAAUGUAUCCCAAAGGAUAAGGGAAGUGUGAUUCGCUAUACAUUGGAAUAUGAAAAGCUGCAUGAACAAAUUCCAGAUCCACACACUUUUCUGCAGCUUUGUGCUGGUAUCGCCAAAGACAUUGAUGCUCACCUUAUGGGAGACACUAAUGAAGGUUCGUUUGUAGGUGCUAAGGCAUGAACAACAAGUCUCUCUAUCCACCUAUUGCCAGGGUGAUGCUGUUACAAUGCUAUGGAAUAAUUAUUGGCUAUUACUAAGUUGUUAAUGAUAGUUCUAUACUUAAAUAAACAUAUUAUGUCGUGAUUUAACGUGUUCUAUGCCA